GGCAGCGCUAUCCCUUUAAAAGGCGGCGGGCGGGCGGCGGCGGCGGUGACGGCCGGGGCCAUCGCCUGCCCGCCGGGUUUUCCCCCCCUUCCUGCCGGUCCGUCGCUCGCAGCCCGUUAAAAAGAGCAGGCAAGAUGGCCGAGCUGGGCAGCAAGGGGGUCACGGCCGGGAAAAUCGCCAGCAACGUGCAGAAGAAGCUGACCCGGGCGCAGGAGAAGGUCCUUCAGAAGCUUGGUAAAGCAGAUGAAACGAAAGAUGAGCAGUUUGAACAGUGUGUGCAAAACUUCAACAAACAGCUGUCUGAAGGCACGAGGCUGCAGAAGGACCUCCGGACUUACUUGGCUUCUGUCAAAGCUAUGCACGAGGCCUCCAAGAAGCUGACAGAGUGUUUGCAGGAAGUUUAUGAGCCAGAUUGGCCUGGGAGAGAUGACACAAAUAAAAUAGCAGAGAACAAUGAUCUCCUGUGGACAGAUUUCCAUCAGAAGCUGGUGGAUCAAGCACUUCUGACCAUGGAUACAUACCUUGGCCAAUUUCCAGAUAUUAAAUCUCGUAUCGCGAAGCGAGGAAGGAAGCUUGUGGAUUACGACAGUGCCAGGCACCACUUUGAAGCCCUGCAAACUGCAAAGAAGAAGGAUGAAACCAAAAUUGCAAAGCCUGUUUCGCUGCUUGAGAAAGCUGCGCCUCAGUGGUGUCAAGGGAAGCUACAAGCUCACCUCGUUGCACAAACUAAUCUGCUCCGAAAUCAGGCUGAAGAAGAGUUGGUAAAGGCUCAGAAGGUGUUUGAAGAGAUGAAUGUUGAUCUGCAGGAGGAACUGCCUUCACUAUGGAAUAGUCGUGUUGGUUUCUAUGUCAACACAUUCCAGAGUAUAGCUGGCCUAGAAGAGAACUUCCAUAAAGAAAUGAGCAAGUUGAACCAAAAUCUUCACGAUGUCCUGCUGGGUCUAGACAAGCAGUACUCAGGCAAUGCCUUCCCUGUUAAAGCCCAGCCCAGAAAGAAAACUAAACUGUUCGCCAGGCUGAGGAAAAAGAUGAGCAGUGACAGCACCCCAGCGAAAGCAAAUAAAAGCCCCUCGCCUCCACCAGAUGGAUCUCCCAUCACCAGCCCUGAGACCAAGACUGCCAACCAUGAGCUGGAGCCGUCCACUUUGGAAGCACCUGGGGCAAGCAUCCCAAAGUCACCGUCUCAGUUGAGGAAAGGGCCUCCGGUGCCUCCGCCUCCAAAAGUCACCCCCUCCAAGGAGAUCAAGCAGGAGAACAUCAUCAGUCUGUUUGAUGACAAUUUUGUCCCCGAGAUAAGUGUGACAACCCCUUCGCAGUUUGAUGCCCCUGGGCCCUUCCAGGAGGGAGCCAGCCUGUUGGAUCUGGAUUUUGAUCCCAUUAAACCAGAUGCCACUGUGGGGAAGACCCCCACACCCGCCUCCCAGUCUUUACCUUGGGAUUUAUGGGAGCCUGCAGAAGCAGCCCGUGCAGGAGCUGAAGCAGCUGGAUCAGAAGCAGCAGCUGGAGCUGAAGCGUCUAAAACUGAAGCUGACUCAGGAUCGAGCUCUUUGCCUGCUGUUGUUGUGGAAACUUUCCCUGCAGCUGUCAAUGGUACUGUGGAAGGAGGUGCUUCAUCUGAGAGAGCUGACAUGCCCCCAGGGUUUCUGUUCAAGGUCCAGGCCAUGCAUGAUUACACGGCCACCGACACUGACGAGCUGCAGCUGAAGGCUGGGGACGUGGUGCUUGUGAUUCCAUUUGAGAACCCUGAGGAGCAGGAUGAAGGAUGGCUGAUGGGUGUGAAGGAGUCUGACUGGAUCCAGCAUAAGGAACUUGACCAAUGCCGAGGGGUUUUCCCUGAGAAUUUCACAGAACGGGUGCAGUGAAAGUCCAAGCCCACCAGCUGCGUUUCUGCUGGAGAAAGCAAGUUUUCUGGUAGAUAACUGAAAAAGAACAACAAGAGGAAAUGAAGAGAGAAUUACGAAGGAAUAGAAGCCUGAAAAAAAAGUCAACUUAAAGGAUGUGUUCUUCUCAAAGGGCAAGGUUUCAAAAGUUAAUUGAAAUUCAAAGUAUUAUUGAAAUAUAUACAUAUUAAUAAUAAUAAGGCAAUUCAGAUACCCUCUUCCCCUUUGGUUUAAACAGUAUUUGGAUUCAAAGGACUGAUGCAGAAGCAACUCAGUGAGGUUCUCCAAGUACUGCAUUGACUGAAUUGUCAGAUGUCAGUCUGAUUCCUGGAAAGGCAGUAUUUGUUGAAUGGCUUGAAAGUAGGAGCUGCAUUUGCUCUUGGGUGGGUUAAUCUGUUUUGUCUUGAAGCUGGCUUGCAUGGCAACCAUAAAAGUUCAGCCUUCCCUACAUUUUCAACCUACAGUAGGCCAAACUUUCUGUUAUGCUGUUGAAAAAAAAUUUAGUGUAUAGUGUUCACCACUACAAUGUAUGUGUGUGUGUGUAUUUUAUUUUCUUCCUUUAAAACAAUGUUACAUAAACUGUGAUUUUAUACAUGUAAAGAGAGAAGAAACUACAUGGAAAGGGCAUGCUGAAGGUGAAAUGUGUGAAGCUGUGCUCAGUCCAAAGUUCUUUCAAAUGCGGACACCUAAAUUCUCACAGUAGUGUUGGCCUUUGAAAACCUAAGGGGAAUGGACAAAUUCAAGAGGAGAAACAAGACAAAACAAAUGGAUGCCAUUUGGAUGUCUGAAAUUUAGGAGAGGGAAUCCUCUAGUACACACAUCCCCAUCCCUCACCCCCCCAAAAAAACCCAAACCUAUUGGUGGUUUCAGAAAAGCUUAGAUUCAUGUAGAUGGAAAAUAGCUCUAAAAUCUACUGGUUAGAAAAUUUGCUUUUAAAGACAGAGAUAAGGGAAUUUUUUUUUGUUCUGUAAGAAUAUCAAAGCGAAAACACUGAUAAAAAACAAAUUACUUUCUGUGCUUUUCAUUGGCGUUGUUUUUUUGUGGAAUUGUAUUUCUUAUUUUCCUUUGAAGAGUUCUGUAAGUGAAAUAUCGUUGGAUCAGCUUUCUCCAGUGCUGUGCUGAUGAUCAAGUUAACCUCUAUGAAAACUGGACUCUUGAAAUGCUUGUUUAAAAUGGCUGUGUGACUUCAUGCUAUUGUAAUGCAUUAGAAAGGAAGGCAAGAAUAUCAAAGUGUCAGUGUCAAGAAGACACUACAGUCUAAUACUGAUGCUGAGUCCUUUCCUUUACCUUUCCUUUGCUUCUGUUUGUUUUUGAAUUUUGUUUUCUUUUUUUUAGUUUAGACAAGCAGAUGACAAGGCAUAUUCUAAGUGCAUAUUACACUUGUUAAUAUAAGCCAGUCUGGCUCUCCAAGACUCUAAAGUCCCACAAAGGUACUUUAUAAACUUUACUUGAAUACUGAUGCAGCUGGCAAGCAAGUCAGGCUAUUUUAAUUUUUUACAGCUUCCCCUCCUCCCCCAUGAUUGUUUUGCCCUGAAGGGAUUUUUAACAGUGAGGUUAUGCCACGCUCAGGAUCACUCUGAAAUAAUCUUCCAAACUGGUAGGAGACGGCUUUUGUCAAAGCUGCACCAAAUGCUGACAGAGUACUGAAAAUCUCACCUUUUCCAGUCUGCUUGGAUUAUUUGUAGAACAACAGAAAAAUAUCAUAGGGCAAAAAUUGUGUUUAAAAAAAAAAAACCAAACACAACAACUAAAUUUGGAGGAACAGAUCUGAUUUUGAUUAGCAAAUAUAUUCUUAUCGAUGCAAGCAUUGUUGGAGUUCCUCCUGCUUUCAGCUUGGGAGAUGAUCCAUGCUGGUUAUUUACAGCAAUGUAACAGGCAUUAAAUCUGUCCUAUACACCCAAAUCCCUUCUCCUUUUUAAAAGAAAAAAAUGUGCAAGAAUUUAUUUUGCAUCACUGUUAGAAAUCCCAAUAGUAUUUAGGAGUAACUGCUCACAAUACAGAAGGACUGGACUCCACAGAUUAUGGUAUGGUGAGCUGUUGCUUUAGAAUACUGCCCUGUUUGACUUUUUUUUCCUUUUUCAUCAGGGUUGUCUUUAUUAUUACUCUUUUUUGUUUUUCAGAAUAUCUAUUUUUAUGCAUUUGUGACUCCCAUUACUCCUUUAAAGAUUAUUCAUAUAAAAAUAUACAUUUAAAUAUAUAUAGAACUAUAUAUAUAUAAAAAAGCAGGUUGAUCCAAUUAACAUAAUGCUGUCAGCUUAAAAUGUUUAUUUUUAUGCAAAACCUGUGGAUAAUAGCUUUGUUUUUUUUUAAAAAAAGGACAAGAUUCUAAGUUACCAGAGCUGUGAUUUUUGUCUUGUAGUAACUGUUCUAGACCAUUUAGAAAGCUGUGCUGAUACCUAAUUUAUUGUGGGUUUUUUUUUUGCUGUUGUUGUCCUCUGCUGUGCUUGAACCAGAUGACUGUCCCAACAAAGAUCCUUGUAAGGCCUUUUCACUUUAUUGAGCUUGCAGAGCGACUAUCCAGUACUGUAUUGUCCCUGCAGAAGUGGUAGCACUUUGCAAAAAAGGGAUGUUGUUUUCAGGUCACGUGAGUGAUGCUCCAGUGUUGCUGGUGGGAGAGUGUUGUGUCUCUCUCCAUUUGCUUCCCCCGACCCCAAAACCCCCAAGCCCCCUGGCUUAGAGCAGGUUAGGGUGGGUUACCUGGAUCUUGCAUUGCUCACAGAUAAGUGGUGUCAGCACAUCUCAGUCAGGUUCUGAAAAUGCAGGAUCAGACCCACAGUUUAUAAAUUGCCUUAUGUGAAAGUAGGAUGGCAGAGCAGGAAACUUGUAGAUGGCAGUGUUCUUUAGAGCCAGGAGAGCUGUCUCCUGGGUUGUUCAGCCCCUUGUACACAGCCAUGGCUCCUCCCAUUUUUAGUGUUUUUACAUCUCCUAUAUACCUUGAUUCUGGUUGGUAUUACCUGGUGAAAUGAACUUCUCCUUUUCUUUGGUUUAGAUCUGAUUCAAAUAGAAAGAGGGACAGUAAACUCUCAAGUAGGCUGUGCCCUUCUGGUUUUUCAGUUUGCAGGCUGAACUGAAAAAUCUGAGAAAAAAUGUAAGGGUGACCUGAGACAAUUUUUUUUUUCCAUUUUCACAGUGGAAUGAAAAAGGGAAAAAUUGAAACAAACAAACAAAUCCUUUCAUACCAAAAUGAAACGUUAAUUUCUAGGCUUGCAUUUUAACAAACGUUAUGUCUUGGGCUGUAACAAGUUGCUUUGAAGCAAAAAUGUGAAACCUUCUGUUUUGAAAAUGCUGAAAGAAAAUGUUUUAAUGUUAAUAGUCUUUUUGCCUUUGCCUUUUUUCUUAAUCUGAUGACUGGUUUCAGUUAACUCUAAGCUGUAUUUUUUUGCAAAUAUCCACUGAAGAGAACCCAAAGAAGCCCAGUUCUGCUCCACUGACAGAUACACUGGACACAUUUCAGGGAUUACUUGGUAUCUGGCCCAUCAAAGCUGCUGUUUUCCCCAUUUAAUAAUCUUCCACUUGAUUGUUCUACUGGGUGAAAAAUAAAAGUAUCUCUCAUCCCGU